AUGGUUCUUCCUGUUGUUCCGCCUCCUCUCCUACCUCUCGGCGACGAGUCCGCGAGGCGGCUCCGAGCGGCGAUCGAGGGGCUGGACGUCGGGGUGCUGGUGAACAACGCCGGGAUGUCAAGGCCGUCCAUGGUGUACCUGCACGAGGCCGACGUGGAGGCGUUGGUGCGGAUGGUGCGUGUGAACCUGUGGGCCCUGACGGAGGUGACGGCCGCUGUCCUGCCCGGGAUGCUGGAGCGCCGGCGGGGAGCCAUGAGCCAUCGUCAACAUGGGCUCCGCGUCGUCGGAGGCCAUCCCCUCCUUCCCACUCAACACCGUCUACGCCGCCACCAAAAGUUCAAAAAGAUUAACCUGCUGCUUAACUUGAGCAAAGGAAUUUCGCUGCGACAAGGAUGA